AUGGGGCCUUUGGGACGCCUGGUCAUCAUAAGGCGGACAGGGAGCGACGGGACCCAUUUCCCUUUGUGUCGCCACACCUGCUUAUUCGGAAGAGGCCUCGAAUGUGACAUCCGCAUCCAGCUUCCUGUGGUGUCCCAGCAACACUGCAAAAUUGACGUCCAGCAGGAGGAGGCACUGUUGAUUAAUCUCAGUACUUCUAAUCCAACACAAUUAAAUGGAGCCCCUGUUAAUGAACCAGUAAAACUCAAACAUGGAGAUAUAAUAACUAUUAUUGAUCGAUCUUUCAGGUUUGAAUCUGGAAGUCUUCCUGAAGGAAGCAACUCAACUGAACAUCCAGAACAACAAUACAAAGAGGAACCACUGAGACAAGUGGGACAUGCUUUUUUCAUUUCUUUUAUUUAAGAUGAAAAUAAGAAUGAAGAAAUGUCACUCAAGAGACGAAGGGUCUCCUUUGGUGGCAGUCUCAGACCUGAGUUAUUUGAUGAAAAUCUGCCACCUAACACACCUCUCAAACGAGGAGAAACUCCUGGAAAACGAAAGUCUCUUGGGACCCCUGCUCCAACUGUUCUUAAGAUCAUGAAGAUAAAUGUUUUCCCUUUGACAGCUGGCAAAUCAUGGGCAGAUAUAGUAAAAUUGGGUACUAAGAAACAACAAGUUAAACAGGUAAAGCAAGACGCUCCAAGACACAAAAUGAAAAAACAAAGAAGGCAUCGUACUCCACAGAAGCCUCUGGACCACACUGAAAACCCCUUUAGUACAGGCCAUGCAAACUCUCCCUGCACAAUAAUAAUAGGGAGAGCUCAUGUUGACAAAGUCAGCAUUCCUGCUCGGCCCUACAGAAUGUUAAACAACUUUAUUUUGAAUAAGAAAAGUAACUAUACUGAAGAUUUUUCAGGACUGACAGAAAUGUUCAAAACUCCAGGGAAGGAAAAGCCACAGAGAAGCAAUGUGUGUCCUGACAGCAUUAAAAGUUCAGAGAUGCGGGGCUACGUGGCGGGAUCCAGUGAACGUGAUUACGUGCGGAAGCGAGGGGCGGGAGUACGUGGCCGGCUCCCGGGCGAAGUCGGUGGGACGAUGGAGGCCCCGGAGGCGGGGCAGGGUUCGCGGAAACGCCCAUUAGCUGCUUCUCGCGAGCCCCAUCGCGCCGGCCAAUUACAGCCCAGCGCGCCCGAUUUCAAAUCCCUGGGCUCCUCCCAGUGCCGCCCUGGCGAGUGGAGGACUUCCGGGCGGAAGUUGCGUUCGGGCGCGAGGGGCGUCCGGGCGGAAGAGGCGUCUGCGUUUGGAGAGUCUGGGCCCGAGGGGCGGUCUGGGAGGGCUGAGGGCGGUCCCCCGGGGAGGGAGGAGGUGAAUGCUGCCGCUUGGCAGCUCAGUAGCCGCUAG